AUGACGACAGCUAACGUAGUAUGGACUGGAUUUUACAAUCCAGUACUUUUACCUCCAUUCCUUUCAAAGUUGUAUGAGAUUGUCGACGUUCCCUUGACAAAUGAUAUUGUAUCUUGGGGUCCGACUAAUCGAUCUUUCAUUGUGUGGAAACUUGACAAUUUCUACAGCAUUUUGUUCUAUUAUUUCAAUGACAAUAAUUUCUCCAACUUUGGUAGGGAACUCCACAAAUAUUGUUUUAACAAAGUACACCAUACACUAUGGGAGUUUGCUCAUGAAACUGGAUUUGUCCGAGGACAGCCGCAUCUUAUGAUGAAUAUCCUUUCGAGACCAAAGAGUCGUGGCCAUUCGUCAAGGAAUCCAAGGAUAGCGAGAAAUUCUCCACUACUAUCUACUUAUCCUAAGAGGCAGUGGACAAAUCCAGAGUUGGCCCGAGCAAACAACCAACAAGACAUAAUUGUAUCCUCCUCUUCUAAUGGGUCACAAAGUUCGGGGCUUGGCAUCGAUUUGGAGUUUGAGAAUAUCAAUAGAAAAAGGAAAUUGGAGCUGUUGGAAGGUACUGUGAAAGAAGAUGAACAUCUAGGUGCUAUGAUGUUACCAAAUUCAUUUCCUGAAUACAAUGAUGAUGACAACAUUGUAUGGGCUGACAUUCCGCCUCCUUCCUAUGCUCAACAAAUUGGCAAUAAUAAUAUUGUUUUAGAACAAUCUGAAAACAUUAAGGAGGUAAAAGAUGAUAGCAAACCAGAAGAGUCCAUAUUCAAAAUGUGGGAACGUUUUCUCAUGGAAACGGACUGA